UCACGAAAGAAGAGUAACCCAACUCUAAAUCAGCUCACUUUUUUACCCUCUGUGUUACUCAAAUUUGAACCAUAAAUGAAGAAAUUGAAGAACUAUUGUAUCCACAUCCGGCAUCAUCAAGCCAUGGAGCGGAAAUGGAUCUUUCCAUUAACGAUUGGUUCUUUAGUUUCUAUGUUCUUGAUAUUUCUGACUACUCUCUCCUCUCAGGAUGGCACCUACCUCCUACCCUUUUACCGUUCCAUUGCUUCCACUUCUGGGUCGUCGGUUUUUGUCGAAUCCAAGCUCAAACCCAUUCCAAUUUCCGACCUUCCGCCGCCUCCGCGGUUUGCUUACCUCAUUUCGGGCUCAGCCGGGGAUGGUGGGAUGCUCCGACGCACCCUCCUUGCCCUAUACCACCCGAGGAACCAUUAUGUUGUUCACCUCGACCGUGCGGCUAGUCCCGAGGAGAGACUUGAUCUGCAUAAUUUUGUCAAGGAUCAUCAGGUCUUCGCUGAGAUUGGGAAUGUCAGGAUGAUUGUCAAAGCCAAUCUGGUGACGUAUAGGGGACCUACUAUGGUCGCCAAUACCCUUCACGCGGCGGCCAUCUUGCUCAAGGAAGGAGGAGACUGGGACUGGUUUAUCAAUCUCAGUGCUUCUGAUUAUCCUCUUGUUACUCAAGAUGAUCUGCUGCAUGUGUUUUCAUUUCUGCCGCGGGAUCUAAAUUUCAUUGAUCAUACGAGUAAUAUUGGAUGGAAGGAGUUUCAAAGAGCAAAGCCAGUUAUUGUCGAUCCGGGCUUGUAUAUGCAGAAGAAAGCUGAUGUAUUUUGGGUUACACAGAGGAGAAGUGUGCCAACAGCAUUCAAACUCUUUACAGGUUCUGCUUGGAUGGCUCUUUCUCGCCCUUUCAUUGAUUAUUGUAUAUGGGGAUGGGAUAACUUACCUCGAACAGUGCUUAUGUAUUAUGCAAACUUUCUUUCCUCCCCUGAAGGCUACUUCCAUACAGUCAUUUGCAAUGCACAAGAGUUUCGUAACACUACUGUGAACAGUGAUCUCCAUUUCAUAUCAUGGGACAACCCUCCCAAACAACAUCCUCACUACCUCAAGCUUCCAGACAUGCAACGGAUGAUUGACAGUAAUGCUCCGUUUGCAAGGAAGUUUCCUCGAGAAGAUCCAGUGCUUGACAAAAUUGAUUCUGAGCUCUUAUCUCGGCGUCCAGACAUGAUUACUCCUGGAGGCUGGUGCAUGGGAAGUAAUGAAAAUGGUACUGAUCCAUGUUCUGUUGUUGGUGACCCUACAAUCCUCAGGCCAGGUUCUGGAUCGAAAAGGCUGGAAACUUUGAUCGGUUCCCUCUUAUCUAGCGAGAAAUUUAGACCACGGCAAUGCAUAUAAGAUGGAUAAACCUAAACUAAACUUGCUACUUUAGGCACUUUUAACAAAGAUUGAGAUUGAUUUAUUUGAGAAGAUGGAGAUGGUAAAUGGAGUAAUCCUUGUUCCUUCUAGUAGGGAUAAAAAGAAUGCUGAAAGUAUAUAUGACCUGUCUGAUUCACGUUGAGCAUAGCUCCACAUUUUAUAGAAAGAAUAUCGGUUGUACAUAGAGCUGGGAACAUCACACAUGUGAUUUGUCCAUCAUUUCCUUCUGUACUACCCAUGACCUAACCAAUAUCAUCUAGCAUUCUGAAGCACAAUUUGAAAAGGUUAGCUGUAGAGAAAUGAAAAAUGGAAGGAAAUUCUGUUGUAUAAUGACUUUUAUCUA